ACUUAAUCGACGCAACGAUAGUAGAGUUGCUACUUUUAAGCAAAAAAAUAAUUAUUUGACUUGUUUGUAUUCAAUUUAUUUAUCGACUUAGUAGCAAAAUAUGACUGCAUCCGUAGAUUUGAGCUCAUAUCGUGAUCAGCAUUUCAAAGGCUCGCGGUCGGAGCAAGAACGCUCUUUGCGCGACUCUACCACACUCUAUGUGGGAAAUUUGUCAUUUUACACAACCGAGGAGCAGAUACACGAGCUCUUCUCGCGCUGCGGCGAUGUGCGCAUCAUUGUUAUGGGCCUGGACAAGUACAAAAAGACACCAUGCGGCUUCUGUUUUGUUGAAUAUUACACGAGAGCCGAGGCAGAGGCGGCCAUGAGAUUUGUGAAUGGUACGCGACUCGAUGAUCGACUGAUUCGCGUCGAUUGGGACGCCGGCUUCAUUGAAGGCCGUCAAUAUGGACGGGGCAAAACCGGCGGACAGGUGCGAGAUGAAUAUCGAACAGAUUAUGAUGCGGGGCGAGGCGGUUACGGCAAGCUCCUCUCACAGAAGAUUGCGCCCAACACAGACAACCGUUAGUGAUAAAACUAUUUAGCAACUAGAAAUUAAAAUACAAUACAAAACAUUAUGCCUAGUUUCUCGAA